CCUGCCUUGACUAAAUAUAACGUCAAACACGGGGAGGUCACAUGUUCACUAUGUAGUACUUGUUACGUAGAUCCGGGGACGUUUCUAGAUUCUUAGAACUGGUGAAAGAUACAGGCCGUGAGACUCGUUUCAACGUGUCAUGCUCAUCUCCAUUUCACAUCCACUUCAAGUUCCUCUUAUCCAAUAAAGUACUCUGGUCCUCUACUCUACAUGCCUGCCUGGACAAUAAUUUCGCCAGAAAACCCAGUGAACGAUCCGGAGCGUCAUCCAAUGUGGAUGAACGUAUACCGUGUGAUGAAGGCUGUCUAUCAUGUUUUAGACACAUCAAACGAACCGAGUUCCACGAUUGAUGAAGUAAAGCACAUCGCAACCCUCGAAUACGCACUCUCGCAAGAAAAGGAGGGUCCUCCUGAAAUAUCAAGCCUCGUCAUCCAUCUGCGCCUUUCCUCACAGACUGAUGCACGCUUUGAUGUUGCGCUGCAUGACUCGGACAUGCAGAUCAAAGAUAAGGUACAGAACACGUGCAUUUCGCUCCCUGGAGAGCUUGCCCCGGUUCUGAUGGAUAUCUCCUGGUUCGUUCGCGAGUUCGUCAUCAGGAGGUCAGCUACUAUCGAGUGGACACCAGAUUGGGACUGCAGUUUUGGCCGUAGGAUGAUAUGGGACCAGAUGCAAAAGGAGAAAUACCAUCAGCGUGUUUCACAGCAAGAGACUGCUGGUGGCACAGACACCAGUAGAAUCGGAUGCUCUUCAUGCCCCAUCGGUCGCUGCAAAAACUGUAGGGUUCUAUCGUGCCGGUCGGCCAAUUGCUGUGAAUCUUCCGAACCCCCAAUCGUAUGGUGCGCUAGGCAUGAAAACAAUGUUUUAUGCCUUCCGUGCCUCGAAGAGCAGGGGUCCAAGAGAGAGCUGGAGAAAUGUCCUGCGUGCAAAUCUUGGUGCUGUUCCAAGGAUAUAAGAAAGUGUAUCGGUCAUCCCAUUAACAUCCCUUCGGUUUCUCGCGCAUCCUGUCUUAAUUACCUUCAGCAUAUGAUGACUAUCUUCUCCCAACCAGCUAAAGUUCACCCUCCCAAGUACCGUUCUUGCGGCCAAUGCAAGCUACUGGGCUGGCGGAGAUGCCCAGGUCGCUUAUGUUGGUCAAAGCGCAAUGCGAUCUGCCCGGAAUGCACCAGUGGUGGUAUCACAUGUGCAUGUCAGAAAGUGUGGGCAUGUGAUGUCUGUGCGGAGCACGAUAGCAGCAUUUUUAUACGUUGUCCGCGCUGUGACAGGCCAUUCUGCACCUCUUGCACAUAUAUCGACCGAUGCAGACGAUGCUCCCGUGCUACCCUCUGCUAUGACUGUGCUGAAGAAACGUCGGAUGUGGAUGAAUGUGCUAAAGAAGCGUCGGAUGUGUGUGACUGUGCUAAAGAAACGUUGUAUGUGGAUGACAGCACCGAGGAUGAAUAUGACGGGGUAGUAGAAAAGUUUGCUACACUCUCCGGAACAUGCGGAAGCUGCGGGGAGAAGGUGUGUAGUCGCUGCGCGCCAAAAGCCUCCGAGUGGUUUUCAUGCGCGGGGUGCCAGAAGAACCGUUACAGUCGUACGGGACGUGCACAUGCUAGGAACGUGCCAACCAACCUGGCAUAUACUAUCACGGAUGCUCAAGCUUCAAGUGGUGUAGUCAAUGUAUAGAAGUUCUACAUGCGGGUCUCCAUCAUGACAUCCAUCGAAUGAUCUGUCACACGUCCGACACGGGCCAUGGAUGUCUCAAAUCAACGCCUUUCAACUCGUC